AUGCGAGCAGCGCUCUUCCUCCCGAGCGCCAAUUGGUACUGCUCCCAGCUCUGUGCAUGGGGCGUCCCCCGCGAUGGGUCCGGAAGCGUCUACUUUGCCUACGGCUGCAAGUCCCAUGUCGCGAUCUACGAGAUGCUCCUGACGGAUGAGAACACCCUUGGUGAGCCCCGGUUCUACGCAGACGUGCCCCGCGGGAAGCACGACAAGCGGGUGACGUCGGUCGUCUUCCUCCAUGGCGCCGACGAAGAGCUCCUCUUGGCAUGCGCGGGAGAAGAAGGCUCGAUCCAACUUUGGGACGUUGCCAAGCGGGAGAUGGUCGACCGCCAGCGAAAGCACAAGACCGAGAUCAUGGCCAUCGCAAGCGCCGAGGAUCACACGAUCGUUGCAGGCGACCGCAACGGCGUCUUGAGUGUUUGGCGUCGCGACACAGGCAUCUCGACGCUGGCCACGCCGAUCGCUGGGGACUGCAUCUACUGCCUGCACGUCGCCGGUGGAAUGGUGGCUAUUGGCUAUCGGAGUGGCAAAGUGAUCCUCUGGGAUGUGCACCAAGGCGCCAUCACGACGCGCCUCAAAGGCCAUGACGAGGAAGUCCACGCGGUCUCGUGGUUUACAGCGGCCAAUGACAAGCUCUUGCUCGCAACGUCGUCGCGCGACAAGAAGCUGUGCGUCUAUGACGGCGACAAUCUCAUCAUGGAGAGUCAACUGCCCAAGCCAAAGAAAGCUAUGAGUGCGCACCAGCUCGGACGUCUCUGGUUCACGCACGCGUGGAUGCCUUGUGCGGAUGCCGAUGCAGUGCGUCUCGUGACGAGCUCGUACAACGGCGAGCUCUACAGUUGGGAGUGGUCUCUCUCAAAGAAGCGCCCAAAGCUCAGCGUGGCCCCGACGAUUGUCAAGCAAGGCCACACUCGACCUAUUUUCAACAUUGCGGCGCUCUCGCUCAGCACUGCGAGCACGUACGUCGUCACGGUUUCGAUGGACCGCGACGUGCGAGUGCUCCAUGCGCCAUCGAUGACAUCGCACAGCAAGCUCGCAGGUCUCGGUGGCCAUGUCUAUACGCUUCAGUUCAACGCCAGCGGUGUCUUGGCCGCGGGCAUUGGCGACAACACGAUUCGCUUGGUCCGCGAUGUGCAUUCGCCGCAAACGACGUGCGACCUUGUAUGGAAAGGCCUCCAGAGCAAGGUCACGGCGUUGGCGUGGCAUCCCAUGAGCCCCACAAUGCUUGCGUAUGGCUGUGAAGACGGCGCUGUUGGCUACUAUGACACUGCCUCGCACCAGCACAUCCGUUUCAAGGCAUACCAAAAGGGCAUGAUUCACCAGGUGGCUUGGCGCGCUCCGCCGACGACAGACGGCGCACCGGUGCAAGAUUGGCUGGCAGCGCUCGAUGCGGUCGAACACGGCGAGCGUGACGUGAUGGAGACAACGGUCGCGAGCCAUUCGAGCUCGGCACUUCAGCUUUGGAUUUGCGCUGGCGACGGGACGCUCACAGUCGCCAAUCCUGAGACGCCCGAUGCGCCGAUGAAGGCUGUGAACAAGCGCUGGGGCGUUCACAACGUUACGAGCUUUGCGUGGCAGCCAAACGCGGUCACUUGCGCUGUUGGGACCAAGGACGGCAUCGUACAUCUCGUCGUUGACGAUGACAAAGCGCAUCAGUACAUGGACCACACCAAAGCCGUGUCGUGCGUUGAUUGGCGCGGGUCUACGCUCGUGACGGCGUCCUACGAUGGCUCGGUGUGUGUGUACGACUUUACGGGUGAGCGUCCCCAGGGGCCGGCGCGUGUCUUCAAAGGGCACGCGACGGGCGUCACGUGCAUUGCAUGGUCUCCGUCAGCAGAGUUCUUGGCGUCGGCGUCGAUGGAUGGCACCGUGCAAGUGUGGCCACAAGGCGACGACCGCGGCUUCAACUUUCGGGGACAUACGGGUCGCGUCUUGACAGUCGCGUGGGUCGAUGACAAGACACUUGUGAGUGCUGGCGAAGACCAGUCGAUCCGCGCAUGGGCGUACACUGACCAAACAUGUACACUUCCGCCCAAGGGCAAAGAAGACCCGGCCCCUGCUCCUGCUUCCCUCGUAACAAGCAAAAAGUCGGUCCCCAAGCAACCCAAGGCACCGGCCGCCGUGACCGGUUUGCUGCCGAAAGCCGUCAUCGACGUCGAAAGUGUUGCGAAAAUGCUCGAUCCGCCCUCAAGCGUCGCCAUGAUCGACGAUGCCCACGCGCAGUACAUGGCGACUGGCGACUGGGAACGCGCGGCGAGACUGCUAGUGCUUCACGGACACAUUGGCGAUGCACUCCGCCUUGUUGCCAAAGAAGGUAGCAAGCUUAGCCCCGUCUGGCUCGCCUACGCGCCAAUGGCCGGUAGCGACGUGUGGCGCGAAUUUACGGGCUUGUACGCCAAGCAGCUUCGCGACGCUCGCGCAUUUCAAGAUGCAGCGUUACACUACACCUCGGUUGGAGAUGUCCACGCUGCGAUCGAGUGUCUUUGUGAUGGCCAGUUGUGGCGCGACGCCCUCGCCCUCGUGCACCUGCGCUGCUCGCCGUUUGAUCCCGUGCGAACCGCCACGUACGAAGCUUUGGCGAGCCAUUUGCAGGCAACACACUCGGCCGAAGAAGCGGGGCAGGUGUACGUGCAUUUGAACCAGCCGGACCAAGCUCUCGCUUGCUUUCUCAAGGCCGCGUCGCCAUCGUCGUUUGAUGCCGCUGCGCGUCUCCCGCUGUCCAACUCAUUGGCCCUCGACUUGGCCAACCGGGCGAUGGUGCUUGGGUUCGACUCGGCCGUAGCGAUCCUUUUGGCGGCGCUGCCGCCCGAGUCGGACCCCACCGCGCAUCUUUUUUUGGCCUUCUAUCUGCGCUCAAAGUUGCCGCCAUCGAGUGUGAUGGUGUCGAACCAAGUGUUGGCCCACAGUCUCUUGGCCCAUCGACCCGAAGGCUUGCCACCGUUGUUGACAGAGCACUUGACUGACGGCAGUUGGUUCUGGGCCGCGCUCGAUGCGCCCGGUAUCGCGUUGCGCUUGCGCGACGCUGAUGAAGACGAAGUGCGCGAGUCGAUCGAAAAGACGUUUGGCGUCUACUUGCAGGCGGCGCCCAUCCAUGGCCGUCUGUUAACGCAUCUCGUGCGCAUCGGCACGGAUGUUGCGCAAGGCUGCCUUGUGAGUGCGUUCGAAACGUGGAGCACAACGUUGGCGUGGCUGCUUUCCACGACCGAGGGAUCCGAGCUCCUCGGCGCUUUUUGCCUCGUCUUUCCUCGCGGUGUGCAGCGCUCGCCCAUUGACGAUGGCGAGCUCGGUACGGAGUCCAGCGCCGCCCAAGAUCUCUGGGCGCUCUUCUUCUUGUAUCAGUGCAUCGCUCUCGCACGCGUCGUGCGGCUCGAGGCCAACACGGACCCGCUGGCCAGUCAAGAAGCGCUACUAUUUCUCAUCCAGUGGAUCAAUAACGAGCUGCCGGUCGAGCAACUCGAAGCCCUCGGCGCCGACGUGACCCGGCUGACGCGAACUGCGUCGAACGAGCUGUCGCUGCUGUAUCACCAACUCUUGGCAACGCCUGCUGGUGACAGCGCGGUUGGCGACGACACGCUCAGUGCCAGCGACCACGACGAUCCCCAAGGCUCCACACCGGACGCUGUUGACGAAUAG